AGUCGAGUAUCGCAUGAAUCGUGGGUAAUGAACAGUGUAUGGCUGUGAGGUGUGAGAGUACACGUGGGAAGCCAACGAGCUCGGUGUGUCCCAACGAAGUCCCAUUGAAAGUUGUUCUGGAAAACGAAGAUUUGAUCGAUAAGAACCUAUAAGGAGUUUACAACGUUUACACACACUCUUACCCACCCUGCUAUGAUUACUGGUUAUUCUAUCGCGACCUUGGUGGUCUUCAUCAUAUCCAUUGGAUUCGUCAUAUACCCAAUAUCAAUACCCACCCCAAGACGAAUACCCCGUAUCCCAAUAAAUUUGACAACUGCUCCAAUCCUCGCAAUCGCAAUCCUGUGGGCAGCCCAAUGUAUCGACCCAGCAGUCAUUCGUGAUGGCAUAGUCGGUACAGACGGUGUCAAACCCUACAACAUUCUCAUCCUCUUUUUCUCCCUCGCAUACAUGGCCAUCACCCUCGACAUCACCGGCAUCCUUCAAUCAGCAGCAUUCUGGGUUAGCAACAAGGGCGGUUCAAACGGCUGGAAGCUCUACACCUACUUCUACCUCAUGCUUACUCUCCUCUCGAUUCUCCUUGGAAACGAUCCCGUUAUCCUCUCUGGAACCGCCUUUCUCAUAUACUACACAAAAGUCGCAGAGCUUAAUCACAUCUCAUGGCUCAUGUCCGAAUUCGCAGCUGCAAACACAGCCAGCAUGGUCUUGUUCGUAGGGAACCCUACUAACGUGGUUAUCUGCGAAGGUUUCAGCGUAAACAAUGCCGCUUUCACAGCAUACACAAUCCUCCCAUUCGUCGCAUGCAGCUUAUUCUGCUUCUUGGCCCUUGGCGGCCAAUACCGCGAUCCAAAAUACGUCCCUCGCAGGUUGAACCACGCCGCCGACCUUGACGCACGCGCCGUCCUCCUUGACCCCAUCGGUGCUAUUGUCGGCAGUUUCAUGCUUGGUUCCGCACUCGUUCUGUGCCUCGUAGUCAGCUUCUUCGGAAUCGACGUGUGGAAAAUUAGCUUGCCAUUUGCUGUGGCCAAGUUCUGCUAUGAUAUCGCCUGGGACCACUACCGCUUCGUCAAAGGAGUGCCCAUGCUCGGACGCGGCCAAAAAGGGCCAGAAGAAACCGGAAUACAGCUAGACGACACCGUCGUGCUCCAAAACGCCCAAACACUAUCAGAUACCAAAAACCGACACCGCACCCCACUACCCACGACAGACAAGGUAAAUUCCAUCCCCGAUUCAGAUCGCGCCUUGAUCAACAAAUCCCCUCCACCCUCAUCCAAGACCCACGCCGCCCACUGGCGUUCCAAAGCCAUCGCCCUACACAAACGUCUCCACACCCACUUUCCCACCUUCUUCACCGCACUCCCGCGGCUCCCGUUCGCCCUCGUCCCUUUUGCGUUUUCCCAGUUUAUCUUGAUUGAAGCCCUAUCGUACCAGGGCUGGAUGGACGUCUUCGGCACGUGGCUCCUCCGUGCGACACACGGAGACAUGUACCGCACCAUCUGGCUAAUCGGCGUCCUCGGCGUGAUCCUAUGCAACAUCUCCGGAACCAACAUCGGCGCAACCAUCCUCCUCACCAAAGUAGUCCGCGCCGCCGCCCCAAUGCUAUCCGACCAAACCAUCCGCGCAGCAGCCAUAGCACUCGCCGUAGCGUCCAACAUCGGAGCUGUCUCGUUCACGUUCAGCGCGAGCCUUGCUGGGUUGUUGUGGAAGGGGAUUUUGAAGCAGAAGGGCAUUAUUGUGACGCAGACGACGUUUGCGUAUUGGAAUGCGUUGCCGUUGGUUGUUAUGACUGUUGCGGGGCUUUCGGUGGGCUGUGAAAGGAACGGGGGUUUGAUAGCUGGGCGAUGGGCCUUGCAUACCGAUCAGCGCGCUCCACGCGGGCGGCCAAAGAGGAAGAGACAUCGAUAUCCGAAUGACAGAACUGCAGUUCGUAAUUCGGUGAUGCAAGUCAAACCUGUCAGACUCGAAUUAGAAGUUAGCAUGAGCCUGCCGGUUCAUGGAUCUGUAUCACGCAGGACUGAUGGAAUGAGAAGCAAGCUGGGCUUUGAAGAAAUAUUCCAAGAUUCAGAGGCUCCUAUAUAA